UUUGCAGCAUCUUCAAACGAUAUAUCAUGCCUGCUCCAGAUGCAUCUUUGACCGUCCGACCAGCGCUGGGACAUGUAAACCUGAUGGUAGACACCUUUAUCGCAAACGCGCAGGUCGACGACCUGCGUACAAUCGUCCGAAAUCUCGUCGGAUCCGGACUGCCGAACAUUGGCUCUACGUUCUCCGCGGCCGCGCGCGUCCGGUUGCAACAAUCUGGUGCCAGUAGCGGGAGUGUCCGAGGGCCUCUUUUCAAGAGAGACGCCCAUGACGAAAAUAUACACCCUUCUGAGAACCUUCAGGACACGUUGCGCCGUGCACGUUGCCUCUUCGGAGCCGGUCUGGGCUUCGCGAGCUUGGUAGUACUCGCUGUAGUUGUCCGUGCGACCAUCGGACUUCGAUGGGACAAGGAGACCGAGAUGGCAGAUAUUCUCGCCGAAGUCGAUGCGGAUAUUUGUCAAGCUAUCCAAAGUUCGAAGGAAGAGCUUGAAGGCGGACGUGUCGAUGACCACACAAAGGCUCGUGAAGCUGUGAGAGAGCUCCGGAAUGCAGUCAAGGAAAGUUUGUUGGACGUUGAAUCCUGGGGAGGAGAAUACCCUUUCGAGCGAGCGUCGGCGAGUUUCGAAUACUGGAAAGUGUAGAUGGCUGGGUAACAGGAUACAAUAUCAGUAACUUUUGAUGUUCGCGGCAAGAAGCCAGUGUGGUAUAAUUCCCAAGCAGGAUAAGAGCGCCACAAAUAGGGAGCAUUUCUAUGUGCAAAAGCUCAUCAG